AUGCCUUCCAGACAAGAAGUCUCCUACUUUGGAGCUGGACCAGCUCCCCUCCCCACCUCUGUCGUGGAAGAAGGCGCCAAAGCCUUCGUGAACUACAACGACACCGGACUCGGACUCGGAGAGAUCUCCCACCGAUCAGCAGCCGCGAACAAGAUCCUCGACGAUGCCAAAGCGAACCUUACCACUCUUCUCGAUAUCCCCGAUAACUAUGAGAUUCUCUUCAUGCAAGCUGGUGGAAGCGGUGGAUUUAGUGCCGUUGUGCAGAACCUCGUUCCCGUCUGGAUUGAGCGUCGUCGUCGUCGUGCCGAGGCUGAGAUCCUGAAGGCUAACCCCAAUGCUGAGAAGGCUCAGGUUGAUGAGUUGGUUUUCUCCAGAUUACAGAAGGAGGUUGAGGAGGAAUUGAAGUUGGAUUACCUCGUUACUGGAUCUUGGUCUCUCAAGGCUUCGCAGGAGGCUGCUCGUCUGGUGGGAUCCAAGUACGUUAAUGUUGCUUUGGAUGCGCGCAAGGCUAAUAAUGGGAAAUUCGGUGUCAUCCCCGCCGAGGAGACCUGGUCUUUGACCCCAACUAAGAAGGAAGGUGGCAAGGGAUCCGCAUUUGUUUACUUCUGUGACAAUGAGACUGUGGAUGGAGUUGAGUUCCAGAGCUUCCCUAAGUCAUUGGAGGCUCAGGGCCAAGAUGAGGAGGAUGAGCGUUUGGUUGUUGCCGAUAUGAGCUCCAACUUUAUCAGCCGCAAGGUUGAUGUUAGCAAAUAUGCUGUGAUCUUCGGCGGCGCGCAAAAGAAUAUCGGUGUCACUGGUAUCACCCUCGCCAUUGUUCGCAAGGAUCUCCUCCCUCCUCACACUUCUACUCCUCCUCCUGCUCUGCUCCACCGUCUUAACAUUGGUGGUCUGCCCGGCACACUAGUCCUCGAUUACGCUACCAUCGCCAAGAACAACUCUCUCUACAACACCCUGCCCAUUUUCAACCUCUGGAUCGCCGGCCAAGUCAUGGCUGACCUGGUCAACGAAUUCGGUGCUCAGAAGGUUAGCGGACAAGAAGAGGUCGCCAACAAAAAGGCCCAGCUCAUCUACGGAGCUCUGGACAAGUACCCACAGGUGUACCAGGUUGUCCCCGACAAGAGCAUCCGCAGUCGCAUGAACAUCUGUUUCCGUGUCCACGGUGGCGACGAUGCCAAGGAGAAGGAGUUCAUCGCUGGUGCCGAGAAGCGUCUGUUGCAGGGUCUCAAGGGUCACCGUAGCGUCGGUGGUAUGCGUGCCAGCAACUACAACGCCGUUCCUCUGGGGAACGUGCAGAAGCUUGUCAAAUACCUCGAGGAUUACGCGACAGGCAACUAG